AUGAAGAGGAGUGCUGUCACAGCAAACUUUGGAACAUGGAGAGGAAUUGAGAGGAAUGGAGAGGACUGCUGUAACAGCAAACUUCGGAACCUGGAGAGGAAUGGAGAGGACGGCUGUGACAGCAAACUUCGGAAUAUAGAGAGUAAUGGAGAGGAAUCCUGUCACAGCAAACUUCGAAACAAGGAGAGGAAUGGAGAGCAAACUUCAGAACAUGGAGAGGAAUGCUGUCGCUGCAAACUUCGGAAUAUAGAGAGUAAUGGAGAGGAAUCCUGUCACAGCAAACUUCAGAACAUGGAGAGGAAUGUUGAGGAAUGCUGUCACAGCAAACUACGGAAUAUAGAGAGGAAUGUAGAGGAAUUUUGUCCCUGCAAAAGUCGGAAUAUAGAGAGGAUUGGAGAGAAUUGCUGUCACAGCAAACUACGGAACAUAGAGAGGAAUGAAGAGGAGUGCUGUCACAGCAAACUACGGAACAUAGAGAGGAAUGGAGAUGGAGAGGAAUGUUUUCACAGCAAACUUCGGAAUAUAGAGAGUAAUGGAGAGGAAUGGAGAGCAAACUUCGGAAUUAAGAGAGGAAUGGAGAGGACUGCUGAAACGGCAAACUUUGGAAUAUGGAGAGUAAUGGAGAGGAAUGGAGAUGAAAGCUGUCACAGCAAAAGAACAUGGAGAGGAAUGGAGAACAUAGAGAGGAAUGGGUUCGGAACAUAG